AGGAUACCAGAUGGUUCCAUUGAUCAGGGACCAGCUGCAGGAAAGGUACAUGCUUUAGAGGAGCAACUUUUAAAGGCCAAAGAACAGAUAGAAAACUAUAAGAAGCGGACAGGAGAUGGCCUUGGAAAAGACCAUGAAAUAUUGAGGAGGAGGAUUGAAAAUGGGGCUAAGGAACUUUGGUUUUUCCUUCAAAGUGAGCUGAAGAAGUUGAAAAAUCUAGAAGGAAGUGAACUGCAAAGACGCAUUGAUGAAUUUCUGUCUGAUUUGGGUCAUCAGGAAAGGUCAAUAAUGACCGACUUGUACUACCUCAGUCAAACAGAUGGAGCAGGAGAUUGGCGAGAAAAAGAGGCCAAAGAUCUAACAGAUUUGGUACAGAGGAGAAUAACUUACCUACAGAACCCGAAGGACUGCAGCAAAGCUAAGAAACUUGUGUGUAAUAUCAACAAAGGCUGUGGCUAUGGUUGUCAACUUCAUCAUGUAGUCUACUGCUUCAUGAUUGCUUAUGGCACUCAACGAACGCUUAUUUUAGAGUCUCAGAAUUGGCGCUAUGCUACCGGUGGCUGGGAGACUGUAUUUAGACCUGUGAGCGAGACAUGUACUGACCGAUCAGGUACCACCACUGGACACUGGUCAGGUAAGACUUAAUAACUCAGACAAUUUCUCCUUGUUCUUUGCAGCUUCAUUCAUG